GCAAAAAAAAGUGAGAAGAAUCUGGCACCAUAAAAAUUAGUUAUGAUCGUAAACAUGGCGGACGAUGCAUUUAAGAAGUUACGGUUUCUGCGAUGUAAAUACCAAAUUGAUCUAAGAGAAAUCUUAAAUGACAAUGUACUUUAUAAAAAUCAAAUAAAUCAUCGAUCUAUCAAGUACUUAAUAUUUGAUUCAUCGUUGUUCAUUUCUAAGUUAAAUGUGAGGUUUUCCAGUAAUAUGUAAACAGUUACUUUUCUAAUUUGGAGAAGUCAUGGAUCCUACAUCAUGGUCAGCUUACAGUCAACAUUUCUCAAGACUAGGAGCUUCAAUGAAUCAUCCGUCUAGCGCUUUAACACCACAAGCUCAGAUGAAUGAUCUUGCAUUAUCUUCUUCUUUGCCUCGACAGGAGCAUAUUCCUGGUUAUGGCAAUGCUGGUGGACCUCAUCCCUUCUUAUUGGCUGCUUCUCAUGGCUUGAAUCCCUCCCAAGCCAAUCACAAUGAUCCAUCUUUCAAUGCAAAUUUAUUUGCAAAUUAUGAUGCUAGUCUUUUCUCAUCUUCUUUCCCACCUGGCAAUAAGGGUCAUCUCUCAUCAUUUCCUCAAGGAGGGUUGUUUAAAGCUGUCAAUCGAGAAAAUGAUUUUAAUGAUCUCAGAACAGGUUUUGCUCAUUGUGGUAUGGCAGCCUAUUCAAGAAAUUCUGAUGGGAGUAAUGCCUUACCUGGUAGUGCAGGACAUUUAUUUCCUAAUUCUAUGCCACCAGGAUCUUGGAGGCAUUCUGGAAUGAUCCCUUCAAACUGUGGACCCUUUGGAGUCUUACCACAUGAAACUGUAUUGCAAAGAUCUCAUUUAGUUGGAAGAGGUAGUGAAAAACUGAGUGGUCCAAAACAAUCUCGAGGUUCAAUACCAAAUAGUUCUUUCGUAGAGCAAGAUUUGAGCAGGGGGUAUAGAAGCAUUCUUUCAUCACCAGCUCGGCCACCGUCGUCUUACGUAGAAGGCAGUAAUACGUCACAUUCCACAUUGUUGUCCCCUCAAAAUGAUCCAUAUUUCUCUUCAGUGAGUGAUAAUUAUUACUCCUCCUGCUCAAAAAAUGACUUUGCUGCAUAUAGCUCCUAUUGCUCUAAUAUGCCACCUUCUGUUCAGAGAGGUUCAAUAUCACCCUAUUGUUACUCACAAACAUUUGGAAAUUUUGAUUCCAUGGAUAAAUCGGACCAGAUAAACAGACCCGAAGCUACAAAUGCUAGCACAAAACCCAGUGCCAAUUCAAACUUCACUAAUUUUGUGCCAAACAACAGCUUAAAUGGCAGCAAUCCAUCUCAAGUUCAUAAUGGCCAAAUAUCAAGACAGUCUGUUAUAACGAGCAAUGUUAGUAACAAUUCAUCUACUUAUAAUUCUGAAUCUCAUCCCAACCAUUCUUAUAACUUACGAGAGGCAUAUCCAUAUCCUCCUGUUCCUCCUCCUAAUGAUAGCAGAGAAAGAAACAGGCAGUCAAUGGCACACUCAAAUAAUAAUCAUUCAUCUGCUAGUCAGAAUCUGUAUCCACCUAUGAACACUCCCAUUCCUGCAUCUACUCCCGCCCAUACUACACCACCCUCUUCAUCUAUGGGUCAGGCUUAUGUACCAACACCUUUACCUUUGAGCCAUGAUAGUGGUUGUUCAUCUGUUAAUAGUCAGUCUGUAAUGUAUCAUUCACCUUCAAAUGAUGGGUGUUAUUCGACUCACUCGGAAUCGGGUUCUCCUGCUAAGCAAGAUUUAUCUUCGCCAUCUGUUUACUCGAUUGAAAGCAGUAAUUUGAGUGUUAACAGUGGGCCUUUCACCGAUAAUCAUCAUGGCCGUGCCGAUGGUAAUUACGGGAACGGCCCGUCGGAAGUAGUCGAUAACAGUGGUCGAAAUUCGGCUAAAGCGAUCGACAACUGCCGCUCUUCACGCAAGGAUGCUCAUCUAACACCUUUAGAUAUGGUUAAAAUGAAUAAAGAAAGCUAUCAGGGAGAUGUUAAUUACACUAAUAGAAGACCCGUGCAAACUCAGGCUCAUGCAAAGAAUCAUUCUGAAGGGACUAUCAAAAGGAAAAACGACUUUCCAUUUUCACCAAACUCCUCACCCUCUGUUCUCGAUUUUGCUUCAAAAGACAAAGCUAAGCUCGAUCGUAAAUGUAAAACAGACGUGUCGACUAAUUCGUUGCCUCUAAAUUGCACAUAUUCUCAUUUGCAAAAUAGACAAUCUCAACUAUCAUCUCCUGAAUCGGCAGGAGAUGCGGAGGAUAACAAAAAUGACAGCACCUCCAUACAGAGCAAUGAAAGUCUUUCAUUGGAUGAAGAAAUGCCUGUUACUAGCUCUCCUCUUCCAGUUGACUUGUCACAAGUAACGUCCAUGAAUUUAACCUCAAAGAAGUCUGAUUCUCCUGUUGGGGACACAAAGGAUCAUCUUCCUGACCUAAACUAUGAGACAGAUAAGUCUGGAGGGAAGUGGUCUCUAACAAAACAAGAACUUUCAAAAGAGAGUGGUGGUGAUGAUGAAAAAAGUGCAGUGAACAGCAUGAGUGAAAAAGAUAAAGAUGAACCAUUGAUAAGAACACCUCCUCCUUUAGAUGAGCUGUCUGAUGAAUCAAAAAAGUUGUGCAAUAGUAUUGAAGAUUUAGGAUUCCUCGCUGGUCUCUCCUCAGAUCCUGAUGUCGAAGAUAGUGCUUCUAAAGGUAGUUUUUCUGAUAAGAAAGGGAAAAGAGAGAAAGGACUUUUGCAGUCCUUUCUUACAUUUCUGGAAAGUAGCAAUGAUCCUCCAGUUCCUACAGACCCUAUAAAUCUGGAAUCAAAACCAGAUCAGAAAGAAGAUGUUGUGAAUUCUCCAAAAAGUGAAGAAAUUGUAAGGAAAGAGGAUGACGAGAUCCCUAAUGAUAACUCCAAAUUAGCUGAAAACAAAACUUUAAUCGAAGAGCACGACGAUAAAGACAAUUUUGAUGAAGCUCCUUCUCUAGAUCCCACUUUAUUUGGUUGUUCCUCGUUGCAAAAAGAAAUGGUCGUGCCAAAUCCGGAAGCUCCUUCGUUUUCGUCAGACGAGGAUGAAAACUCAACGCAAGAUAUAUUUGAUUCAGUUGCCAUGGCUAUUCAAAGACUUUGUGAAGAUAAUGAAGAAGAUCACACUGAUAAAAAUAAAUCUUCUUGUAAAGGUAAUGCUAAAAAAGAAAUAUCUGGUCAGAGUAGCUCGGAACCCACCCAUAACGUGGAACAGACUACUGAUAAUAAUGUAACCGUUAAAGAAGAGACUCCCGAACAGUGCUCUAUAAAAAGUGCUCGAGUCGUGAAGAAGAGAGGUAAGAGGAGGAAAGCGAGUCAUUUACUAGUCAUAAAAGUGAAACGUAAUGCAGAAAAACCUCCAACAGACGUUAAGAGUUCAAAAACUAUUUCAAAUGCCAAAACAAGGAAUGCUUCUAAAGUGAAGCAAAACUCUCAAUGUUCUCCUAGACGAGUGUUGAUGCGAAAAUGCAAAGAAAAGGAUUUAAAAAAUAAGAGAGCUGGCUCUAAGAGAAGAAAAACCCGGAACUGUGUUAAAAGAAAGUAUGUGUUUGAAGAACCAGAAGAAAAUAGCACAACUGUUGAUGUAAAAGAUGAUUCUCCCAAAGUUGUCGAAAUAGAUGAUAUUGAUGAAGACAAGGAGAUAAUCCCCUUAAAAAAGUGUUCUAAAACUAGUUCAGCAGCUUCAUCUUCUAACAUGGAAAAUGAGGAAAUUAUCAUUAGUGAUUUAAGUGCAGAUGACUCUCUUGAAACUAAAGAAAACAAGGAAUCACAUAACAUGGAUAUACAGGAAAUUCCUAUCUUAGAUUCUUCAGGUCCACCCCCUGCAAAAGUGCCGGCAAAAGAGCGUCUUUCAACCGAAAAGUCGCCGGGAUCGGCGGCGGCUCGGAAAAAAAGGAUUCAGCGUAAUCCUUAUCGAACGAGAAAGAGAAGACGCAAGAGUACCAAAAAGACAUCUGAAAUACCUGUUGUGGAAAUUCCUAAAAUCAUUGAACCAGAAAUUACUAAUACUUCAUCCAGUGAAGCAAAUGAUACCCACUUAAAAGAGAAUGCUAUUACCAGCAACGAAAAUUGUUCUAAUGUUGAAACACAUUUUAAGACUGGAGAUUAUGUCAUAAGCAUUGAGACUAAGGAAAGUUCAUAUCCUCCCAUCUGGCGAAUAGAAGGGAAAAACGUAUUGCAAUUGUUUGAAACAAUACAAAAAGAAGGAUGCAACAGUGUUCUUUACAAAAAUACAUCUUCAUAUUCUAGAUGGAGCCCAUCUUCAAAGCAUAAAUAUUUGCUCCAGCCUGUAAGUGUCAUAGAAUCUAAUGAUGAAACUGUGAUAGUAGAAUUAUUAAAAAGCAAUGAAAACAACACUGUAGAUGAGAUAGAUAUUAGUGGUACCUGUGAUUAUGCAUUGCAUCCAAACAAGGAGAGUUUUGAAAUAUAUCUACAAAUAUUAGUCAGCCAUGCAUUAGAUGUUGAGUUUAUACCAGCAAUUGUCAAAGACAAUGAUGAAUAUUUUCUCAGUCAUUAUCAAAAAAUUGAAGAAAUCACUUCCCAAAAGAAACUUUGUAUAUAUAAUGAGAAAUGGGGUUCUCAGCUCUUUCAUUCAAUGGAAAUGUAUCCUUACAUUACAACCACCUUGAAGAAGGAAGAAGAAACUGACUCGUGUCCAGUGUGCAAUAUAAACAAAAUCCAAUAUAUUGCCCAUUUUCAUGGGUCAAUCUACGAUGCUUUGACCCUUGAGAGUAAAAGUGAAGAGAGCAAUCUAAUGAGUGAUUUCCCACUGUGUGGGACCUGUGUACAAACAGUCACUCUCUACAGUCGUUUGCAUCACCAUCGAUACCACUUCUAUUUAUCAAGUUGUAAAAAGGUAAAAGAAGUUCAAAAGCAAGAUGACACUGCUAUUCUUGAAGAUUGUUUGGCUGACACUGAUUGGAUAUCUGAGAUGUUUCAAGAUCUUCUUGAAAUGUGGAAUGCCUGUGACAAGUACAGGUGACAAACUGAUUGAGCUCAUUGACUCUCAUUUCCUAUUACCCAGCCUCUAAAUUCUUUUUUGAAUAAAAGACAUGAAACCAGCAUAAAGCGGUCGACGUUAGAAACCAUUCGAGUAAUAUUACUCAUUAUGUAUAUUUGCACGCAUUUUAAAGUAUUCUUUUCUAUCAAGUCCAUCUGAAACUGCUGGUUGAAGGUUCCAAGGAUACUGAAGGUCACAAAAAUAUUUAUUUCUUUUAACUUUGCAAAUAUGUAUCAUAUAUUUGUAAAUUACUUUUUUCUGUUAUUGGAUUUCUCUCCUUUUUUUUUUAAUGAAACCAAAUUUUUUACAUCAUAUGAAUCUGUUUCUUUUUUUAAAAAAAAGACUAUUAAUCUGCUUAUCUAAAAUCAAAAAGAGCAUUUAAGAUUUUCCACAGUGAAGCUUUUUCAAAAAUAAAUUAGGUUCACAAUCUUAUUGAAAUUUUUAUUUAUAUGUUUCAAAAUCUAAUUUUAACCCGUAUCCUAUUCACCCGCAAAAGUAAGGAUGUGCUAAAAAAAAACUGUCAUUGCUGAAAAAGCAAGAAGAGCAAAUAAACCUGGGUUUAACCGGUUGGAGUUGGAGAUUCAACAACUAUCAAGAAUCUCUAACACCUUGAACCAGCUGAUCUUGAAUGUAACCAAACCUAGUCAGUUAGGCCUGAAGUCAAUAACUAGAAUACAUGUUAUUUUCCACAUAAUAACCCUUAACUAUGAAAAACAUCAGCAUUGAAAAUUAUUAGGCAGCUACCUAAUAAUAUAUUCAUAUUUUGCUUUAUCAACUUAUGACAUAGUUUCAGGCUUUCACUGACCAGGAUUCUUUAGAACUAGUUUCAGCUGGUGUUGGAGACUCUUAAAGAUUGUAUUAUCCUUCCCUGUGAAAAAAUUAAAAGCAGAGAAUAUGAGUUUUUGGAGAAUAUCGCGGAAUUCCACGUGUCUCGAGACCGUCGGUUCUCGGACUUCGAGGCUGAUCAAAAACUUAUAAUCCGACGAAUUAUUCACGGAAUUCCUCAAUCUGAAAUCCAAAUUUUGAAGCUUCCGCUCAUUCUCUAUAACGAGACACUUACAUACAUGUGAUUUUUCUUUCAAUGGGCAGAAUUCCGCCAAUUGAUUGUUUUGGUUUGGCGGAUUUUCGUCAGUUUGAAUAUUUAAAACGACACCGCAAUCCGUUUAUAUCGCGAUUCGUAUUCACACGUUUUGAAUAUCGAACAUCCAUUUUCGUCUUUCCUAAUUUGAAAGUUACAAUUUGCGAUGCGUAUUCACGCGGUUUAAAAAUCGUACAUUGUGAUUUGAGUUCACACAAUUUUAAAAUAAUAUAGUCACACGAUCUUAAAAUCCAACGUCACGAUUCAUAUUCACGCGAUUUUGAAAAUUCAACAUCGCGAUUCUUGUAAGAACUAAGAUUAGUUGCUAUAAAGAUGUCAUAUUCAUCAUUAGUAGGUCAUUUAAUUAUAAAUCUGAUUGAAAAAAAUUACUUUAAAUAUGAAAAAUUUAUAAUAUAUAAAUUGAUAUUGAAUUUUUUGCACAUGAAAUUUUCAAGGUUUUUCACUCCGCGACGCAAUUACUCCCAUUAAAGCUUUAACCGAGUAGAAUGGAUUAAUUAUCUCCAAUUCGACCAGUCAAAUUUAGGUUUUUAUAUUCAUUCUCGUUGUAACAUUUACGCUGCAUUUAUAAAUUUCUUUAUCCUUGUUACCUGACAUCAGUCUCUAACUGGAACCGGUGAUGGUCAAAGUGACCUAACAUACAUGUGAUAAUUGCAUGAUCAAGUGUGGUCAGGCUAAAAAUGCGAGAGAAAUAAUAAAAAAAAACACUGUAGUGUUAGAAUACUGAUGGAGUCCUGUCCACCAAUUCUUGGAUUCAGUACCUGCCAGUUCAUUAUUAUACCAAAGAUGUUGGAGUUUGCUGUUCCAUUCUAAAACGGAGAUGUUUUUUCCCCGAAAAGUUGUGUUGCGACUUGUAAAAAAUGUAGCUAGCUAUUGAUUUUAAAAGAAAUAUAUAUAGUUACAAAGAUGUCUAAAUGUUUGACGCUGUAUAUGUAAAUCAUAAUUAAGUUUCAGUUUUUAUAUUUAUUGUUUGAAAAUUUUUUUUUUAUAUGUUUUUAUCUUGGCCCAUUUCUGCAAAAAAACAAAAA